GUCGUGCUGUGCCCGUUGCGUUGCCUUUCCUCCCAUCGCCUUGCGCCUGCUGCUCGCGCACGUAACAGACACCAAGCCACACGCCACACACAAGCCACACAAGCAUCGCUCUCCUCGCCACAUUCCACACACUCCCUCCAUAGCAUCACCAUCCUCCUUUUCCCUCCUGCCUUCCCCCUCUUCUUGCCUCUCCUUCCGUGCUCUUGUUCUGUUGCCCUUCCUCCACCCCGCCACCUUUCCAUUGCCGCACCCUAUCCGCAUUCGCUGCCCUGACCUGUUCCGCCCAUAUCCAACCACACACAUACACACACAUACACACACACACACACACACACACACACACACGUGUGCCGUCUUGUCUCUGCGCGUGAUCCAUCCGGUUUUGGUCUGGUGUUUCGUGUUUGGUGUUUGGUGUUUGGUUCGUGGUGUUUCGUUCGCCACACCACGCACAACCCUCCUUCUUCCAUCUCUCGCAUACCAGCGUCCACGACAGCCCCCCCCCCCCACUUGCGUGCUGCCUCCCCCUCCCAAAUCUCCACCGCCGCAUCCACAAGUGUUUCGCGUCCCACACACACCGCCUCCCAUCAUCGGCUGUUGAUAACGCAACCGCACAUCAAGCCAAUCCACAGCUCCCAAUCAGCCAGACGAGCAAGCCAUCGAGCGAUCCAUCCAUCCAUCCACCAGCAUCGCCGAAUCUGCAAUCAACAACGCAUACCCGCCAUCCACGCAUUUCAUAUCGACGAUGAGCAAGGCUGGCAAGCGUGAGACGGGUGCCGCACGUGCGGGCCCGUUUGUCACCGCCCUCAAGUCAUGGACGCCAGAGCAAGUCCGCGCCGGGCACACCCUGGAGGACCUCGUGCAGCGCGUCAUGGAGGUGCAGAUGCAGAAGCAGUCCAAGUCGUGGCUGCCGGAGGAAGACACCAUUCUUCGUGACGCCAUCACCCUCUACGGCACCGACAACUGGUCUGCCGUCUCAAACCUGUUUUAUGCCCGCUCGCAGAACCAGUGCCUCCAGCGCUGGGAGAAGAUGCACAACCCGACCAUCCAAAAGGGCCCAUGGACCAAAGAGGAGGAUACCCUCCUGCACCAGUUGGUACAGGAACACGGCGCAAAGAACUGGUCAGAGAUUGCCAAGAAGAUGAAGACACGCGUGGGCAAGCAGUGCCGCGAGCGCUGGCACAACCACCUCGACCCCUCUGUGAAGAAGGGCGCCUGGUCAGAUGAUGAGGAGCGCAUCCUAUUGGAUGCCCACAAGAAGCUCGGCAACAAGUGGGCAGAGAUUGCCAAGCUUCUCCCCGGAAGGACGGACAACGCCGUGAAGAACCACUGGAACUCCAACAUGCGCCGCCGCAAGCUGCAGAAGCAGCGCGAGCAAGAGGCCGCCCGCACCGGCCUGCCCAUGCGCCAGUCACGGUCCACAUCGCACCUCGGGCCCAUCCUGCGCGCACCCGACUUUAUGGUUGACGGCCCCAAGAUGAGCAAGGAGGCGGCAACAGACCAGCAAGGCGCCUUCAUGCACCACCACGUCUACACUCCACAGAACGCAGACGAGCAGACCGCGCACACCCUCACCCAGCUCUCCGCAGCGUCGGCAGCCGCGUUCUCCUCGUCCACAGCAACACCAUCAUCAUCAUCGUCGUCAUCAUCGCGACGGCGCUUCUUGAAUCCGCGCCGGCCACGCCCCUCGUUCAGCAUGGACAGCAACGACAACACAGACAACGACGAUGCCUUUGAGGAGGAGGAGGAGGGCGCUGAUGCGUUUGCAGAUAUGGUGGACACAGACGGCCGGCCCUGUGCGAAGAAGUCGCGAAGCGCAUCCACGAGCAGAGCACCCCGCCCCGCGCAUCGCCGUCGCAAGCGCGCGUCCCGCUCCGCCCGCAGCCGCUCAGAGUCUGACGCCGUGCUGCCACCGGGACCAAAGGGCAAGGCUGGCUUCGUGUUCCCGAUGAACCGGUCCAUUUCUCCGUCGGCGACAGACAGCGGAUCAGCGGACAGCGACAGCUCGCUCUCCCCUGCCAGCGAUCAUCACGGCAGCAACGCAAUUCAGGUCCUCGCACACGCCGCCCGCUUCCUGCAAGACCACGAGCCUGAAGCCGCAAGACGCGAGCUGAUGCGAUUGACACUCGGCGAAACGACUGUCGACGUGGUGGAGGCGCUGUCGCUAUUGCACGAGGGCCCAAACGGCAGCCUGCGCCGUGCCUCUGCCCCGUCCAGCACGUUUGGGUCCACCACCUCCCUGUGUGACCAGGAGCGCGAUGCGUUAGAGGGAAUCACUGCACUGGCUCACAGCUAACGCUGCAGCGCACACGUCCUUUGUUGUGUGUUACUUAGCUCGUAUGUUCUCUCCCACACACACACUCUCUCCCCCUUGCUAUCACGCCCCUCUAUCUCUUCGGCUGGCCUUUGUGUCACCGCAUUACACACACCGGUGUUGGUUUUGCGGCUUGCGCGCUUGUGCGCACGCACGCACGCAUUGACCCGGCAAGCUUCUCCGUUUCCUUGUUUCCUCGUGUCCAAACCAACUCGCGCUGUUGCGGUGUUGCUCUCAUCGCCAUCACCAUGGCCAUCAUCUUGUUUAGGUAUCUAGGGUUCCAUUGAUUCCACGUGUUUGCUUCAGCCUCCGCCCCCUUUUCUCUCGUGUAUGUUUCCGUGGCUUUGCAGUUUCCUCUCCUAUUUGUCUCGACUGGUUGUUCUUAUCCGAUUGCCUCGCACAUGCUCGUAUCCUCGUUUCCUUCCUACAAGUGCAUUGUCUGUUUGUUGUGCAUGUAGUCAUGAAGGAGUUUGAUGGGGUUGUGUGUGUGUGUGCUUGUUUGUCAAUCAAGUGUUCCUGUGCAUGUGUGUGUAUGUUGCUUUUUUCGAUCUUAGAAAGCCAUGAAGGCGCGUGUCUUUCCGUGUGUUUGUUCGCUGUUCCAGCGAUGACUUGAUUUGAUGAAAUUUUACAGUUCGUGCCUUCCCCCUUUGUCUCUUCGUCAUUGUCACGUCUGCGCCCACAUCACCACCCCCUUUGCUUCAGCCUUGUUUGAUUGACGUGUGCUUUUGUUACGCGCGUGUGUCCGUGGGUCGUGCUGGUGUGUCUUUGACAUCACGCUCCAACGUGGCAAGCCAUAAUAAAGUCGAAACGGUU